AAAUAACUCUAUAUUCGAAUUCGGUCAUGCGCCAGUUGCCGCGGGUGGCGGCCGCGGUGGUGUGCAAUGCCCACCUCCUCAUGCGAAUCACUUCGUUCCAAGACGGGCUCUUCGGCAACCUGCUUCCACUCUUUGCUCUCCAGCGACACCUCGUCAACGAGCUCGACCAACGACGAUACGACCUCGAGGUGGACGUGGAAGUCGAGUUCCGACAAACCACCUUCCGCAUUCCUUUGUGUCCAUUCAAGCGACUGUGGCUUGAGAAACUUCUAAAGCAAGCGUUGUUGCGGCGACAGACGGCGUGGGUCCGCCAUGUCCUUCUCUGCAAACCAUCAGCGGCCUCGUCCAGCCUGGUCGACAUCGCCUCCCAGCAAGGCGAUAUUGAGAUGCUCGAGUUUCUCCACACCCGACACAUUCGUGGGUCCACAGAAGCCUUAGACAGCGCCAAGUCCCUCGCCGUUGUUGAGUACCUCCACGACCGCCAGUAUGCAUGCACGACGGCAGCGAUGGACAUUGCGGCCUUACGGGGAGCUCUGGACAUUGUUCGAUUCCUCCAUGAACAGCGUCGGGAAGGUUGUACGGUACUAGCAAUGGAUUUCGCUGCAUCGAACGGGCACUUGGACGUCCUCGAGUUCCUGCAUUCCCAUCGAAGGGAAGGAUAUUCGACCAUGGCAAUGGACAUGGCCAUCAAGCGGCGGCACAUCCAUGUCGUGGAGUUCUUUCUCCGCCAUCGACACCAUACAAACAACACGGGCGACGACGUCCUUCAGCAAGCCGCGGCACUGGUAGAUGGUCACUCGGAUCUCCCGCCUGUGAAUGUUCGUGGAUGAUGAUGAUUACAUGUCGAACUUAAGUGUCAUCACCUUUGGCAGUUACAAAAAUGCACCAAUCACCGUGCUUGAAUUUCGAAGCGACAUCUCAACACUGUGAAACUAGUUUCGGGAACCGUUCGAAAUAAAGUCAUUGCUAAACAUAUGUCGACAACAUUAGAGAGUCUCCUAAGCAUCAAUUGGUAACAGGCUGACGAGCAAGAUCUGAAUGGUCGCUCCAGCGUCCACGACACGACUGCACGACACCUCCACAUCACAAGGCUCGGUCGUAAAUGCCGUGUACGCAAUAGCUUUGAGAGCUUUGCCGAGCUUGGACUACAAGCCAGACACUUGUAUACCGUCCAGUUCCAAGCGCGCCUCUCCAUUCGCUGGUCCAUAGGUCACCUGGAUUUGAUACACCCCGGGAUGCAACAACGAGAUGACACCUUCAUCGCCGUCGCAACACUCGAAGUACGCCGGAUUCGAGUAGAGAUCUUCGGUCCACGCCACACUGUCUCCGAUGCUUGUGGCCGUUGUAGACUUGCGCGAAAAGUAUGCCCAGUUCACAGUCUCUUCUUCUUUGGCCAUGUCGUCAUCAGGUCCACGUCCUCAGUUGUAUGGUCGGAGUUCUGACCCGACAAGGCUUCCUCCAAAUCGCGAACAUUGGCCUCCAAAGCGUCAAUUCGUUCCACUGCCAACG